AUGCAUGGAAGCGAACAGCCACCCCGAGACUUUUUUUUUGUCCUCCCGUGUUUGCCCUUGCAGGUGCACUUCAAUGAGCGUGAGGUCUCCAAUUCCCAGCGCGCUGGAGCACGGACCAUAUUCUCAUCUGGCAGCUGGCGUUUGGCACCUGCCUGCAAGAAACUCAAUGACGAAGAGACCCGCGAAUCAGAAGUCGAGGUUUUUGUUUACUUUCUGCCUACUUGGAGGGUCCUGCUCUCCGACCCCACCUCCGUCGUCCGACGACAUCCCGUCCCCCCAAACAAAAUCAAGCAUUUGGGACCCAACUUCCCGCCGCGAGACAAGACAAGUGUUUGGACGAAAGAGAGCAUAAGGGAGAAAUAA